UUGGCUUCUUAUGUACACCUCCACUUCAACGACAUAAAUGCUCCUUCGAGUCUUCGACACUAGUUUCUCAAAAGCGCGCGCAAUUUUUUUUCCCCUCGUAUAGAUUGAAGAUCUCGCUUCCCAAGUUUCCCUCUUUUUAUUUGCUUUGGGGGUCUCUCUUUACUUGACAGGAUUCGAUCGAUGAUUUUAAUUUCUGUUACUCGUCACAGUGCUAAUACUACUAAGCAAAACCAGGUUCUGAAGUUAUCUGGUGGUUUUCAUUGAAAUUCUUAUCUAGGGUUUCUAUUUUUACUGGAUUUUUUUGAUGGGGAAAAGAAAUGUAAUCUUGCUAUCUUCUUCAUCUGAUAAUGAAGAUGAUCAUUUAAGCUCACGGGUUUGCACCAAGCCUACUACUAGGUCAAAAUCGAAAAAACAAAUUUCCGUAUCAGCACCUCAAAAGCUAGCAAAUGGCAAUAGAAAGACUUCAUGUUCUGGUGGUGGCUCAAAGACGAAGAGGUCUCGUCGCUCUCUCUCUUCUACAACUAAGGAGCUUUUCCCUUCUCAUACAUCAUUAAUAGGAGAGUUCAAUUUUGAUGCAUUUUCUGAUGGUUUUUAUGAAGACUUUCAAGGUCUGGUAGAGGUGCCUAAUGGUUCUCAAAAGAGUAACAAAAAGGAGCUAUGGGUCGACAAAUACAAACCUCAAUCAUUGCAAGAGCUUGCGAUACACAAGAAAAAGGUUGAAGAAGUCAAAAUGUGGUUAGAGGAAAGAUUGAGAACCUCAAAGGAUGGGUUUCACAGCCAUGCUCUUGUUAUCACUGGACAAGCUGGAGUCGGGAAAUCGGCGACGGUCCGUGCAAUUGCAUCUCAUCUUGGAGUCAACUUAUGUGAAUGGGAAACCCCUACACCCACACUUUGGCAAGAACAUAUCCACAACUCCAAUUUAGGAGUAAGUUACAUGUCGAAGUUGAACGAGUUUGAGACUUUCGUUGAGAGGAUUAGAAAAUAUUCAAUGAUUCCACCAUCCAGUUCUGGAGGAACUGAAAAUCCAUACGUACUCUUAAUUGAUGAUCUUCCUCUGGCAAACGGAAAGGCUGCUCAUGGGAAACUUUGCAAGUGUUUGCAUGCCCUUGCUCGAUCAACUAAGAUUCCGACGAUUAUAUUGAUCACCGAGUACAAUAAGGUUGACACUGCUGAUAAUACAUCACAUUACUGGAAAGAUCUUCAAUCUUGUCUUGAGAGUGCUGGGGCGUGUAAGGUGGCCUUUAAUCCUGUUGCUACAAAUUCCAUUAAGGUGGCUCUUUCUAGAAUAUGCAAAGAAGAGCAGUGCAGUGCUACUGCUGAUCAGAUAGCUCUGAUAGCAAAGGCCAGUGGAGGUGAUAUCAGGCAUGCAGUUACGUCCUUACAGUACUUUUGUUUGAGACAAAGACAGAUGCCUUCCUUACUUAAACUCUCUUCCACUCAUUCAAAAGAGAAGUUACUGGACAUUACUCCAAUGGGUGGUGCACUUUCAUUUGGCAGAGACGAAACACUUUCUCUAUUUCAUGCGUUGGGGAAGUUCCUCCACAACAAAAGGGAGUCUUUAUGUGCAUCUGGCUUGGGGGCUGAUGAGUUUCAGUUACGGGAAAGGUUUGUUAGAUUACCGUUACAAAUGGGUGAUCCCGAGAAUGUUCUUUCUAAAGCACAUGGUCAAGCGAGACCAAUUGCAGAUUUUCUACAUGAAAAUGUUCUAGAUUUCAUAAGUGAUGAAGCAAUAGAAGAUGCCUGCACAGUAACUUCCUAUUUGAGUGACGUUGACUGCCUUCUUGCUACUUCUCAUGGGUUUGCAGGGACCCACACAAUGACUGGACAACAUGAGCUGGAGAAGAUUGGCCAAUUAGCUGCUGCUUCGGUUUCUGUCAGAGGGGUGCUUUUUGGGAAUUCACAUCCCGCUCCUUCCAGGUGGCAUUCCAUCCGCAGUCCAAAAAUUUGGCAGGUAGAGCAGUCAUCGAGACGAAAUAAGGAUGAAAUGCUAAGGCAAAGAAUAGAAGCUUCUGAAAGUGCAAGUGCAUCCGACGUAUCAAUCAUAGCAACUGAGUACAGACCCAUCUUGAAGUGGCUCGGAUACAGAAUAUCAGAAGUUCAUAGGAGAAGCAACGUGGUUAUGGAAGAAAACUCCGAUGGGGACAUAAUUUUGGAUGAUAUAAAUGGUGGGACUUCAUCAGAUAUUGACGAAAUUGAAGAUUGGUGAGAGCACAAGCAAUUUUUCACGUUGCAGGAAUGGUGACUACAGGUUCUGAAAUUUUGUGAAGAGUGAUGCCAGAUUUCAUUCAAUACCCUUGAUUUUGUACAUAAUGGCUGGGUGAUUCCCGAUAAAGCAAAUCCCAUGUCGGGAUCCCCUGUUCCUCAAAGUACCCCUGAUUGCUGUUCUCGUGAACUCUGGAUUAACUUGUUGCUACCCCUAUGAAAUUUGGAGAGGGUAAAGAAGAAGGUAACUGUAAUGGUAUAUAAGCAAUGAAAUUCUUGUUCAUCCAGAAAAAGGGUGACCCUUAAGUUUGUUUUAUUUAUUUAUUUUCAUUUUUUUAGUUACUGUAAAUAUCAAUAUAAGUAGGAAAAGUAGAUGCCAUUAAGAUCUUCCCUUCUUUGUUAUGUGGUCGUUGGUCGGUGUAAUGGUUCAUUCUGGGUUGUAGAUGUCAUUAACAGUGCCCAAUUGAACUUGAACAUCCCUCAGGCAGUUCAAAUAAAGAUCAGCCUAGCAUCAGCGCGAGAAGUCUAAAAUGUAACAUUUCCUAGGGCUGGUUCUAGGCUG